AAACACUGAGGAAAGAAAAAGACGCUGCAGGUUUCUAAGCCUGAAAAAGCUGAUCUAUUUGCCCGAGCUAAUCAGUUCUGCAUUAACCUAAUUGUGGCAGAGUUUUAGAUUUGAUCCAAUUAGAAAUCAAAGCUCAUCAGUGUGUCUGUGGUUGAGGAUUUAAAACGCCGUCCUGCUUUAAAUCCUAAGAGCUGUUAUAAUGAGUUCAGCAGGAGACAGUAAGCCUCAGGCUCCCGAUCCUGCUUUCUCACAGGAGCUGUGUGAGGAUGUGAAAAAGGAGACUUCAGGUAGAGGGAUGGAGCUCCGAGUGAAGCAAGAGGAGACGCAGGAGCCAAACGUCUACCAGCAUGGAGACGAUUUCGACAACAUACCCGAAGUGAUCUCCAUUAAAGAAGAAGAAGCUGAUAGUGAAGACUACCUCUAUUGUGAAUUUUGCAAAUCCCACUUCUUUAACAAGUGUGAGGUCCAUGGUCCAGCACUCUUCAUCCCUGAUACUCCUGUUCCCAUGGGGGUCACUGACCGAGCCAGACAAACUCUUCCUCCUGGACUAGAGAUCCGGAAGUCCGGUAUUCCUGACGCAGAUCUGGGAGUGUUUAAUAAAGGGGAGACUGUUUCAGUAGGUGCACACUUUGGACCCUACCAAGGAGAGCUGGUAGACAGAGAGGAAUCUAAGAGCAGCAGAUACUCCUGGGUGAUAUCCCGAAGUGGUCAGAGUGAGAAAUACAUUGAUGCCAAGAGAGAGAUGCAUGCUAACUGGAUGCGGUAUGUGAAUUGUGCUCGUAAUGAAGGAGAGCAGAAUCUCGUGGCAUUUAAGUAUCGAGGAGGGAUUCUGUACCGUUGCUGUCGAACCAUUAACCCAGGACAAGAGCUAUUGGUGUGGUAUAAAGAGGAAUAUGCCAAAGAUCUUGGCCAUACGUUUGACAGCCUCUGGAAUAAAAAGUGCUCUGCAAAUGAAGUAAACAAAGCUGCAUUUCAACUUUUCUCCUGCUCGUUUUGUCCGCUUUAUUAUACGUCUCAAAUUUACCUCAACGAACACAUCCAGAGCUACCACUACGAGGAGGAUUUGAAACAGCGGCAAUCCAGAGAGAGUCAGAUGCCCAUGAACAGCUCCAGUAAUCAGCAAGCAUCUAUUGCUCUUAGUAACGGCCCUUUGCAAAAAGAAAUGCAGAAGAAAAUAAACCUUUGCUCAGAUAGUGGUAACGGUAUUACUCAUCAGAGUGCUCCCAAAACAUAUCAGUGCAGUCAAACUGGAGAGAUGCUGUAUCACUGCUUACAGUGCGGCAAGAGUUUUAAUAAAAAGAGCAAUCUCCGUAAACACCAGCGCAUUCACACAGGUGAGAAGCCGUAUCACUGCUCGCAAUGUGAAAAGAGUUUUAUUCAGAAAAGUGACCUCCGACAACACCAGCGCAUUCACACCGGAGAGAAGCCGUAUCACUGCACGCAGUGUGGGAAGAGUUUUACUCAUCAGAGCCAUCUCCAGCUACACCAACGCAUUCACACGGGAGAGAAACCGUAUCACUGCUCAGAGUGCGGAAAGCGUUUCAACCAGAAGAGUAAUCUCCAUGUCCAUCAGCGCAUUCACACAGGGGAGAAGCCGUACCACUGCUCGCACUGUGGGAAGAGUUUUACUCUACAGAGUCAUCUUCAUGUCCAUCAGCGCAUUCACACCGGAGAGAAGCCGUAUCACUGCUCCGAGUGCGGGAAGAGCUUCACUCAUCAGAGUCACCUCCAACGCCAUCUACGCACUCACACCGGAGAGAAGCCGUAUCGGUGCUCGCAGUGUGAGAAGAGCUUUAAUCAUCAGAGUCAUCUCCAACGACAUCAGCGCACACAUACAGGAGAGAAACCGUAUCACUGUUUACAAUGUGGGAAGAACUUCUCUCAGCAGAGUACUCUCCAGCUACACCAGCGCAUUCACACCGGAGAGAAGCCAUACCACUGCUCACAGUGUGGGAAGAGGUUUACUUAUUCACUUACGUUCAAGACCCACAAGUGCACCAGUGCAGAGACGGAAAUUUACCACUGCUCAGAGUGUAGAAGGAGCUUCACGAAUCAGAGUGCUCUCAAAGUACAUCAGUGCAGUCACACAGGAGAGAAGCCUUAUCGCUGCUUACAGUGUGGGAAGGGCUUUAAUCAAAAAUGUACUCUCCGAAAACACCAGCGCAUUCACACAGGAGAAAAGCCGUAUCGCUGCUUACAGUGUGGGAAGAGUUUUAUUCAAAAGAGUGAUCUCCAGCAACACCAGCGAACUCAUACUGGAGAGAAGCCGUAUCACUGCACACAGUGUGGGAAGAGCUUUAAUCAUCAUAGUCAUCUCCAACUACACCAUCGCAUUCACACAGGAGAGAAACCGUAUCAGUGCUCAGAGUGUGGAAAGCGUUUUACCCAAAAGAGUAAUCUCCAAGUCCAUCAGCGUGUUCACACAGGGGAAAAGCCGUUUCACUGCUCACAGUGUGGGAAGAGUUUUACUCUACAAAGUAAUCUCCAACUCCAUCAGCGCAUUCACACCGGAGAGAAGCCGCAUCACUGCUCAGAGUGCGGGAAGAGCUUCACUCAUCAAAGUACUUUUCAACGACACCAGCGCAUUCACACAGGAGAAAAACCCUAUUACUGUCCAGAGUGCGAGAAGUGUUUUAAUCAUCAGAGUCAUCUUCAGCGACAUCAGCGAAUUCACACAGGAGAGAAACCGUAUCACUGUUCACAAUGUGGGAAGAGUUUCUCUCAACAGAGUAGCCUUCAUGUCCACCAGCGUGUUCACACAGGAGAAAAGCCGUAUCAGUGCUCACAAUGCGGGAAGAGUUUUGCCUAUUCACUUACAUUCAAGACCCACAAGUGCACUAAUACAGAGCCAUUACCUUAUAUGAAUUAUUUGUCAAAUUAAAUAUGAUUAAAUGAUCUUGAAAAAAUUAAAGAACACUCUUUUCUUUAAAACAAUUUUCAUAGACUAUUUUUCUGCAUUUUAUUUAUUUAGACAUUCGGUGCAUUGUUAUUUGAAUUAUUCUAAUAAUUUAACAUUUGCUUGUUGCCUUAAAUAGUCAUAAAAUAAAGUCCUGAAAUAUCGUAGAGAUGGUUUGAAAGCACCAUUAUCACUGCACUAUAGUGCAGCACAAGGCUAAUGUAACACCCUGAUAGGAAUAUUCUUCCCCUAAACUGAAAAUACAUGUGAACUCAGCAGAAAAAGUCUGUGAUUGGAAAGGGGAAUUCUUCCAGCUGGCUGUUUCAGACCAAUCAGAACUGCUGAAAACAUGGUACCCUCUAAGAUCAUCUGGCAGCAUGGAAACUCCUGCCACAGAUAUCUUUGUGGGUUCUAGAUACAAAAAGGGUACAAAAACCUUUUUUCCUCCUUCCUCCUCAUUUCAAAGGUGUGCUGCCCAAGGUGGUGCGCAAGGAACAAAUCACAUUCCUCCAGUAGAAACUUUCCUCUCUCCCAAACAAAGGGUUCUGGCUCAAGACCUGGGCUUUUCACCCCUACAAUCACGUAUCCAGGGCUCUAAGAGCUACAUGCCACAGACUUCGUAUUCUUCAGUUAUGAAAAACUUGUAUGAAAAACUAGUUAUGACUUCCAUGUUGCUCUAAACAGACACCACCACGAUAGACUCAUAUCAGUUACCAAGGCAUUCACAUCUCCUUUUCAGGCUGCCACAGCAGAUCCUGCUUUGGGCAGAGACCAAAUUGCUCUCUCUGAGAGCAGUUUACAUUCUGGG